GCGGGCGUGCGCUCCGAAGCUUCCUUCCUCCCUCGCUACUUUCCUCGCUCCCUCCCUCCAGCUCUCUCUUAGAAACUACGGGGACGGCUUUGAGCCCUCCGGAGCUAGCUGGUGUAUAUAAACAAAGACACAUUGCGCCGGCUUGGGCUUUCCUUAAAGUCCCAAGCUCUUACCGCAGCAACGAGCAAGGGACGCGGCUAUUCUCUACUACUUCUAACCCCCUUCCCUCUUUUUUUCAUUUCUCUUUCCUUCCCUUCAAUGCCUCAGGAAAACUCAUUCUCCAGGGCUGCAGCUUCCUCGAAGCCUUGCGCUUUUUUUCUCAGCAACGUCUCGAGACAGCGCUCGCUUGCUGUCGUUUUGAGGGAAUAAAGCGUUUGGCAAACUACAUGUAAAGACGGAACCACCACAGAAACCGAAACCCAGGUUGGAAAAACCCUCUCUCGUGAGCCCUGGCUCCAGACACAACACUGUUGAGGAGGGAUCACCACCACCGCCACCACCACCUACGCUUGCUCCAACAGCAGGAACAGCCUCAGCCACCAUCCUAUCAGUUACACCCACCAUUCAGCAAGCAAGCCACUCUCCAGAUAUGCCCUGUAUGCAAGCCCAAUACAGCCCUUCAGCCCCUUGCUCAAGUUAUGCCGCUCAAACUUCCUAUGGUUCAGAGUACAGUCCUGAGAUCAUGAACCCUGACUAUGGAAAGCUGACAAUGGAAUUAAGUAGUGCUGAGAUCAGUGCCACUGCUACCACCUCUCUGCCCAGUUUCAGUACCUUUAUGGAAGGUUAUUCUGGGGGCUAUGAACUGAAGCCCUCCUGCCUAUACCAAAUGCAAUCUGUCUCCUCUUCUUCAUCACCUUCCUCUGCAAGCCAGAGACCCCUCAUCAAGAUGGAAGACAAUCGGAUGCACAGUUAUCACCCUUCACUUUCUCUAACAGUGGAUGAAGGCAUGGCCAGCACCUCCAUGUACUUCAAGCAGUCCCCACCCUCUACACCUUCUACCCCUGGGUUCACACCCCAACAGACCUGGGAUGAAUCACCCUCACAUUCUCUUUCACCAGCACAGACUUGCAUGGCCCCCUGCCACCUGGUAGACACUGCCCCUAUGAAAACCGUGCCUGGCCGCUUUCCACUUUUCCACUUCAAGCAUUCACCACCCCCUACACCUAUUGCAGGUGGCCACAUGUGCUAUGAUGCCCCUGCCUUGAGCCUACCUAUUGGAUCAGAUAGGCCUAGUGCUAGUCAAGCAGCUAUGGAAAAUCAUCCCUAUGGGCACCCGAUGUCCAAGAGAGCAGCCACUUUAGCUUUUGCACCAUUGGGCCUCAAUACAGCCACUUCCAACCUUCUAGGUGAGAGCAGCAGUAGCAGCAGUGGCCUUCCCUCUCCAUCUAGCAGAAGUUCUUCAUCAGGAGAAGGAACUUGUGCUGUGUGUGGGGACAAUGCUGCUUGCCAGCAUUAUGGUGUUCGGACUUGUGAGGGAUGCAAAGGCUUCUUCAAGAGAACAGUUCAGAAAAAUGCAAAAUAUGUUUGCCUGGCCAAUAAAAACUGCCUAGUAGAUAAGCGUCGUCGGAACAGAUGUCAGUACUGCCGAUUUCAGAAGUGUCUCAGUGUUGGCAUGGUAAAAGAAGUUGUCCGUACUGAUAGUUUAAAAGGAAGAAGAGGACGGCUACCUUCAAAACCAAAGAGUCCUUUGCAGCAAGAACCUCUACAGCCCACCCCGCCAUCUCCUCCAGUCAGCAUGGUGGAUGCUCUUGCACAAGCCCUAUCUGAUUCUGCACCCCAGGAACUUGAUUACUCCAGAUACUGUUCUACAGAACAAACUUCUGCAGGUACAGAUGCAGAGCAUGUACAACAAUUCUACGAUCUUCUCACUGCCUCCAUUGAAAUAUCUAGAGACUGGGCAGAAAAAAUCCCAGGAUUUACUGAUCUCCUUAAAGAAGAUCAAACUUUACUCAUAGAGUCAGCUUUUUUGGAACUUCUUAUAUUACGACUAUCCAUAAGAUCUGACAUUAGUGAAGACAAGCUUGUUUUCUGCAAAGGACUUGUACUUCAUCGACUUCAGUGCCUUCGUGGAUUUGGGGAGUGGCUUGAUUCAAUUAAAGGUUUUUCUUUAAAUUUACAAAGCCUCAACCUUGACAUCCCAGCCUUAGCAUGUUUGUCAGCUCUAAGUAUGAUUACAGACCGUCAUGGAUUAAAAGAACCAAAGAAAGUGCAUGAGCUAUGCAACAAAAUCAUGGGCAGCUUGAAAGAUCACUUGGCCUUCAACUGUCAGAGCAAAAAACAACUCAUUGAAUCUGCAGAAUCUAAAAUUCUUGGUGUCCUGGCUGACCUGCGUGCUGUCUGCACGCUAGGACUGCAGCGGAUCUUUUACCUGAAAUUGGAAGAUUUAGUGCCACCUCCUUCCAUUAUUGACAAACUAUUUUUGGACACCUUACCAUUCUGAAAGUCAAGUUGUGAAAGGCAACUACUUA